GGCUAGGACCUGGCUGGCCAGCCUGUCAUUCCCCUCUGGCCCCAGCAGGCUCUAGCAACCAGCCUGGUGCUUGUCUGAUCUGCCACCAUGGCUCGGGGACUGCCCAGCGCCGCCACCAUGGCCCACUUCUUCAAGAAGCUGAACCGACUGAAGCCCCUGGAUGACUCCACCAUGGAGACGUCCCUGCGCCGCUCCCUGUCCACGCUGGACCUGACCCUGCUGGGCGUGGGCGGCAUGGUGGGCUCCGGCCUGUACGUGCUCACGGGCCCUGUGGCCAAGUACAUGGCCGGCCCCGCUGUGCUCUUGUCCUUCGCGGUGGCCGCUGUGGCCUCCCUGCUGGCGGCCCUGUGCUAUGCGGAAUUCGGGGCACGAGUGCCCCGCACGGGCUCUGCCUACCUGUUCACCUACGUGUCCAUGGGCGAGCUGUGGGCCUUCCUCAUUGGCUGGAACGUGCUCCUGGAAUACCUCAUCGGUGGCGCUGCAGUGGCACGUGCCUGGAGUGGUUACCUGGACGCCAUCUUUAGCCACAGCAUCCGCAACUUCACGGAGGCCCGGGUGGGCGUCUGGCACGUGCCCUUCCUGGCCCAGUACCCAGACUUCCUGGCUGCUGGCAUCCUUCUCUGUGGAGCCCGCGUCUCCUCCUGGCUCAACCACACCUUCUCUGCCAUCAGCCUGGUCGUCAUCCUCUUCAUCAUCAUCCUGGGCUUCGUCCUGGCCCGCCCCCACAACUGGAGCGCCGAGGAGGGUGGCUUUGCGCCCUUUGGCUUCUCUGGCGUCUUUGCGGGCACCGCCAUCUGCAUCUAUGCCUUCCUGGGCUUCGAAGUCAUCGCGGCCUCCAGCGAGGAGGCACAGAACCCGCGGCGAGCGGUACCUCUGGCCAUUGCCAUCUCGCUUAGCCUGGUAGCGGCUGCCUACAUCCUGGUGUCCACCGUCCUGACCCUCAUGGUGCCCUGGCACAGCCUGGACCCCGACUCGGCGCUCGCGGACGCCUUCUACCGCCGGGGCUACAGCUGGGCCGGCUUCAUCGUGGCGGUUGGCUCUAUCUGCGGUAAGGGGCCCUUCUGGGUGGGGUGGCAGGGACCAGGGUGGGGAGAUCCUGCCUGAGCCU